AUGAAGGUCACUACCACAUUAUUCGCCCUCAUGGGCGCGGCUGUCGCUGCCCCAUUCGCGGAGUACAAGGAUGACUACGGCUAUCCUGCCUCGACUCCCGACUACUACAAGCCCGCGCCGGCUUACCACACAAAGUCUGAGGAGAAGCCUUACCCUCCCAAGCCUACUUCGGAGGUCUGGUACCCCCCGAUUCCUAACAAGUCUUCGAACGAGGACAAGCACUACACACCCUACCCCAUCAAGUCUGAGGAGAAGCCCCACCCUCCCAAGCCUACUUCGGAGGUCUGGUACCCCCCGAUUCCUAACAAGUCUUCGAACGAGGACAAGCACUACACACCCUACCCCAUCAAGUCUGAGGAGAAGCCUUACCCUCCCAAGCCUACUUCGGAGGUCUGGUACCCCCCGAUUCCUAACAAGUCUUCGAACGAGGACAAGCACUACACACCCUACCCCAUCAAGUCUGAGGAGAAGCCUCAUCCUCCCAAGCCGACAUCCAUCCCUGGAGGCUGCAACCCGGCUCACCCCGGAUCUUGCCCGACUCCUUCAUACUCUGAGGGCUACCCACCUUACCCUCCCAAGUCUGAGGAUGACAAGUAUCCUCCUAGGCCCAUUUCGGACGUAAAGAGCUACCCUGUCUACCCUCCUAAGCCCACCUCUGAGGACAAGGAGUACCCACCAUGGAAGCCAUCCACGACUCCUUGCCCCGAGUCAUCGAUUGAGUACCCUCACCCACCUCCCAAGUCCUCGGACUACUACCCUCCUGCUCCUCCUAAGUCGAGCGACUACUACCCUGCGCCUCCUCCUAAGCCCACAACCGUCUACCCAGUCCCUCCUAAGUCGAGCGACUACUACCCCGUCCCUCCCAAGUCGAGCGAGUACCACCCCGCUCCUCCCAAGUCGGGCGACAAGUACUACCCCCCUGCGCCUCCCAAGGAGACAAGCACUCCUUGCCCCGAGAGCAGCUCGCAGUACUACCCUCACCCUCCUCCCAAGACUUCGGACGACAAGCACUACCCCCCUCCUCCCAGCUCUUCGAAGUACUAUCCGGUCCCCCCUAAGUCUUCUGACUACUACCCGGUCCCUCCCAAGUCGACUGGCUACGUCCCCGUUCCUCCUAAGCCCACCACGGUUUACCCCGUCCCUCCCAAGUCGUCCUCGAUUCCUUGCCCUGAGUCUUCGACUUACUACCCACCUAUCCCUCCCAAGAGCAGUGACUACUACCCUCCUGCUCCUAAGCCGACCACUAUCUAUCACAACACCACCAUUCCUUGCCCUGAGUCUUCGACUUACUACCCACCUGUCCCGCCCAAGAGCAGCGACUACUACCCUCCUGCUCCUCCUAAGCCGACCACUAUCUACCACAACACCACUAUUCCUUGCCCUUCGGACUCCAAGACUCCUCCUCCUCCCAAGCCCACCACAAUUUAUCCUGUGCCUCCUAAGUCGAGCGAGACCAAGCCUGCUCCUCCCUCAAGCAGCAAGCCGGUUGUGCCCACCUACCCAGCUUCGACUCCUGUUGUGCCCAGCAGCAAGCCCGCGCCUCCUGCUUCCACUCCCGUUGUCCCCAGCAGUAAGCCAGCUCCUCCUCCAGAGACUCACCCUGCUCCUCCUGAAUCGACUCCUGUCGUUCCCAGCAGCAAGCCAGCUCCUCCUCCAGAGACUCACCCUGCUCCUCCUGAAUCGACUCCUGUCGUUCCCAGCAGCAAGCCAGCUCCUCCUCCGGAGACUCACCCUGCUCCUCCUGAAUCGACUCCUGUCGUUCCCAGCAGCAAGCCAGCUCCUCCUCCGGAGACUCACCCUGCUCCUCCUGAAUCGACUCCUGUCGUUCCCAGCAGCAAGCCAGCUCCUCCUCCGGAGACUCACCCUGCUCCUUCUGAAUCGACUCCUGCUGUUCACAGUAGCAAGCCAGCUCCUCCUGCGUCCACUCCGGUCGUUCCUCCUCCAGCCCCUCCUGCUUCGACCUACCCUGCUUUGACUCCCACUCCCAGCGCGAGCAAGCCUGCGCCGGUCCCCAGCAAGUCCACCCCGGCUCCCUCCAGCCCUGCUGCUACUACUUCUGCUCCCCCGCAGUACACUGGUGCCGCGAGCUCCAACAAGGCCUUCGGCGCUUUCGUCGCUGGUGCUGUUGCUUUCGCCGUCUUGGCAUAAACUUUUGCAUCUGGGUUUUCACUUCUAACAUUCUUCACUCUCCUUUCAUACACACUACCUUUUAAAGACCCGUAUAAUGACAAUAUCGCGCCUGGCAUAGAUGGGUUGUACACACAUACACUCCUUACACAAGGUUUCACUUCUUUGGGGGCAUGGCCUAGCCAUGGAGCAUUUUCAGUUCUCGACGGGGUAAUUCAAAGGUGAUGAUGUGGCUGUCGUGGUAGAGACGGCUGGCAUCAAGGCUUGUAAGUUGGUGUUGGGUGAAUGGCGACAAUAAUGUCUUUACUCGAAUGUGUAGUGUAGAUAGUAAUGCGAGUUACUUCUC